UCCGCACUGAGCUUGGGGCGGGCGGAGCCGGGGCAGCGCGCGUCUUCGCCGGGGCCCUGGGGGGCGCGCCCGGGACUCGGUCGCUGGUCGCCGUCCUGGGCGCCCGCUCUCGGGCCCUGAGAUCCGUGGGCAGGCCCUGAGCCACAGCUGAAGCUGGGACACUUUCUCUUGAUGUCUGAGCAUUACUAUGCAGUAUCAUCAAGCUUUGCUGAAGUGAUUUAAACUUUUGAGAUGCUUCCAUUAAUUGGAAAGACAAUCAUCUUCGAUCACUUUCCUGAUCCUUCUGACACUUGGGAAAUCACUGAGACGAUUGGCAAAGGGACUUAUGGCAAAGUUUUUAAAGUGUUAAAUAAGAAAAAUGGCCAAAAAGCAGCAGUCAAAAUUCUGGAUCCUAUUCACGAUAUUGAUGAAGAGAUUGAAGCCGAGUAUAACAUCUUAAAAGCACUUUCUGACCAUCCUAACGUGGUCAAGUUCUAUGGGAUGUACUUUAAGAAGGAUAAGUUAAAUGGAGAUAAACUGUGGUUGGUUCUUGAGUUGUGCAAUGGAGGAUCAGUGACUGAUCUUGUGAAAGGAUUUCUGAAGAAGGGCAAAAGAAUGAGUGAGCCCAUAAUUGCCUAUAUUUUACAUGAGGCACUCAUGGGACUUCAGCACUUACACAACAACAAAACUAUCCACCGUGACGUCAAGGGGAAUAACAUCCUACUGACUACUGAAGGCGGAGUCAAGCUGGUAGAUUUUGGCGUGUCUGCACAGCUUACCAGCACCUGGCAUCGUCGAAAUACCUCCGUGGGAACCCCGUUUUGGAUGGCUCCUGAGGUGAUUGCAUGCGAACAGCAGUUGGACACCACUUACGAUGCCAGAUGUGACACAUGGUCCCUCGGCAUCACGGCCAUCGAGCUGGGUGAUGGAGACCCUCCGCUUGCUGACCUGCAUCCCAUGAGAGCUCUCUUCAAAAUACCCAGGAAUCCACCCCCCAAACUAAGGCAGCCUGAGAUGUGGUCAGCAGAAUUCAAUGACUUUAUUAGCAAGUGCCUGACCAAAGACUACGAGAAGCGUCCCACCGUGUCAGAGCUUCUACAGCAUAAGUUCAUUACUCAGGUCGAGGGCAAGGACAUGAUGUUGCAGAAACAGCUCAUGGAAUUCAUUGGCAUUCAUCAGUGCAUGGGAGGCGCAGAAAAAGCCAGACAUGAACGCAUUCACACCAAGAAAAGUAACUUCAGCAGAUCUCUGAUUUCCAGCCCCAAGGAUGUAGAUGACUUAGCAACCCUGGAAGUUUUGGAUGAGAACACAGUCUCAGAGCAACUUGAGAAGUGUUAUUGCAGAGACCAGAUUUACAUCUACGUGGGAGACAUACUCAUUGCUCUUAAUCCUUUUCAGAGUCUGGAUCUUUACUCCACAGAGCAUUCCAAACUGUAUGUGGGAGCAAAGAGAACUGCCAACCCCCCUCACAUUUUUGCAAUGGCUGACUUAGGAUACCAGUCGAUGGUAACAUACAGUUCAGAUCAGUGCAUUGUUAUCUCUGGAGAAAGUGGUGCUGGGAAGACAGAAAGUGCCCACCUUUUAGUCCAGCAACUGACAGUGCUUGGGAAGGCUAAUAACAGAACCCUGCAAGAGAAGAUUUUGCAAGUGAAUAAUUUGGUAGAAGCCUUUGGCAAUGCCUGCACGAUUAUAAAUGACAAUUCCAGUCGAUUUGGAAAAUAUUUAGAAAUGAAGUUUACCUCUUCUGGAGCUGUAGUUGGAGCACAGAUUUCUGAAUACCUUCUGGAGAAAUCUCGAGUUAUUCACCAAGCCAUUGGAGAAAAAAACUUUCAUAUUUUUUACUACAUCUAUGCUGGUCUAGCUGAAAAGAAGAAACUAGCUCACUACAAAUUGCCUGAAAAUAAGCCUCCCAGAUACCUGCAAAAUGACCACCUCAGAACAGUCCAGGACAUGAUGAAUAACAGUUUCUAUAAAUCCCAAUAUGAAUUGAUUGAGCAGUGCUUCAAAGUCAUUGGCUUUACAAUGGAGCAACUUGGAAGUGUGUACAGUAUACUGGCCGCCAUCUUGAAUGUGGGAAACAUUGAAUUUUCUUCUGUGGCGAGUGCACACCAGACUGACAAAAGCCACAUCUCUAAUCACACUGCUCUGGAGAACUCUGCGUCUUUGCUUUGCAUUCAGGCAGAUGAGCUACAGGAAGCUCUCACCUCCCACUGUGUGGUCACUCGAGGAGAAACCAUCAUACGGCCCAAUACUGUCGAGAAAGCCACUGACAUCAGGGACGCCAUGGCCAAAACUUUGUACGGACGUCUCUUCAGUUGGAUAGUCAAUCGCAUUAACAGCUUGUUGAAGCAAGAAGCGUCACCUAGUGGGAGUGGUGAUGAACUGAGCAUUGGCAUUCUGGAUAUAUUUGGCUUUGAAAAUUUCAAAAGAAAUUCCUUUGAGCAGCUGUGCAUUAACAUUGCAAAUGAACAAAUCCAGUAUUAUUUCAAUCAGCACGUCUUCGCAUGGGAACAGAAUGAAUACCUCAGUGAAGAUGUUGACGCCCGAGUUGUUGAAUAUGAGGAUAACCGUCCCCUCUUGGACAUGUUUCUGCAGAAGCCAAUGGGCUUACUAGCCCUGCUCGAUGAAGAGAGUAGAUUUCCCAAGGCUACGGACCAGACUCUUGUAGAAAAAUUUGAAGGCAACCUGAAAUCACAGUACUUCUGGAGGCCCAAAAGAAUGGAGCUGAGUUUUGGGAUUCACCAUUUUGCAGGGAAGGUCCUUUAUAAUGCAAGUGGCUUCUUGGCAAAAAAUAGAGACACUCUUCCAACUGAUAUCGUGCUCCUUCUGAGGUCUUCAGAAAACAGUGUCAUUCAGCAACUGGUCAAAUAUCCGCUGACAAAAACAGGUAAUCUACCACACUCUAAAACUAAAAAUAUAAUAAACUACCACAUGAGGACUUCAGAAAAAUCAACCAACCUAACAAAGGGCGAAAGCGGAGAAUUCACACGUUAUGCCAGAGAGACAACCAACGUGAAAACCCAGACAGUUGCAUCGUAUUUUAGAUAUUCCCUGAUGGAUUUAUUAUCUAAAAUGGUGGUGGGUCAGCCUCAUUUUGUGCGUUGCAUCAAGCCAAAUAAUGACCGUCAGGCAAGAAAAUACGACAGAGACAAAGUCCUGCUACAGCUUCGCUACACGGGGAUUCUCGAGACAGCAAAAAUUCGAAGACUGGGUUACUCACAUCGGAUACUCUUUGCCAACUUCAUAAAGCGGUACCAAGUCCUCUGCUACAAGUGGAGUGAAGAUCCUCCCGUCAGCUCGGACACCUGUGCCACCAUUUUGGAAAAAGCUGGUCUUGAUAACUGGGCUCUUGGAAAAACAAAAGUGUUCCUCAAAUAUUACCAUGUGGAGCAGUUGAAUCUGAUGCGAAAGGAAGCCAUUGACAAGCUUAUUCUGAUCCAAGCCUCUGUCAGAGGAUUCUUGGGGUCAAGAAGGUACCAAAGACUGCAGGCCAAAAGGAAAGAGAGUGCUUUAAUAAUACAGUCAGCUGCAAGAGGCCAUCUAGCCAGGAAACAAAAAAAGGAAAUGAUUCCCUCAAAGAACACAGCAGUCACAGCCAUGCAGACUCAGGAGCCGGGAUUCGACUACAAGAAAAACUUCAAAAAUAAAAGGGAGUCAUUUGUGAAGAAGCAGACAGGACAUGUGGUCACAGUAAAUGAAGCCAUCAUCCCGGUUCCAAAUAACAAGGGGAGAGCAACAGCUGUGAAGACUUCUACCUUCAGAGUUGAAGAAGCCACAAGUGCCAUUGGGAGUAACAACCGAGGAUACCAAGCUCCAAGAAAAAUGAACAAUGUGUCUGGUGAUGUGGUGGGGAGCCCUUGGGUAGAUGUGAGCCCCAAACAGAGGUUCACAAAAGACUCGGUAGAAAAUAGUAAGACGGGGAAUGUGGAGAAAGAAGACACUAUCAUGCGGAAUUACUACCGCAGAUACACAGAGGAGAGAGACUUUGAGGAACUCAAAGCAGCAUACCUAGACAGGAAGGCUGUGACAGAGAGACCCAGCUACCCAGAACUUUGGCUCACUGAGAGUGAGAUGAAGCAGCCUCCUUUUCCAGAGUCCUUGGACGCUCAUCUUAGCCAGAACUCAGAUUCUCAAAAAGCAAAUAGCAAGGAGAAAGAAAAGAGGACCUCUGUGGUCACCCAGAAUGCCCCGUUGUGCAACCAGGACAGGAGCCACCUGAGGCAUGGGUCAGUCAGCAAGAAGCCAGGCCAGCUAGUGAGUCAGGCCAGAGAGGAGGAUGAGGCUGCUGUUUUCAUUCAGACCAAAUACAGGGGCUACAAAAGGAGGCAGCAGUUACGGAGGGACCAUGGGGCACCAUCACUGUCACCUUUUAAGAACCAAACAACAACUAUAGCACCCACUGAGGGAUCAAGAAAUGCACAGAAUCUGUAUGCUCACCCAUGCACUAAUCGUGCAGAGUCCUGUAACAGCAAGCUGAAGCGGGACAGUGACUCCAGUGCAGUGUCAGAGAAAGAAGCCUGUGAUUUGGCCCUGUUUACGCUACAGAUAUCCAAGCUAUCUGAAGAGUAUUUCAUCCUGCAAAAAAACCGGAACGAGAUGAUCUUGUCUCAGCAACUGAAGCCUCUUUAUCUGGAUGCCUGUCCUCAAACGCCAAGUAAUAGACGAGUUUCUUCUCAGCAGUACCUCUCAGGUAUCUCCAGAGGAGAAGAGCCAAAAAUACUGAGACCCCCAAGACGGCCCCGGAAACCUAAAACAUUAAACAACCCUGAAGACUCCACAUACUACUAUCUACUGCAUAAGUCAGUCCAAGAAGAAAAGCGAAGAUCAAGGAAAGAUGGUCAGGGGAAAUUGCUAGAUUUGGAAGAUUUCUAUUAUAAGGGAAUCUUGCCAAGUCAUUCUGGACCAAAGGAAUGCAACCCUGCUUACAGAGUGAGAAGACAACAGAGAGAGCUCCAGAAUCACUGUUUGCCAGCUGAUGCAAGGUGCUGGGCGGCCUGGAGCAGGGAGCAGGAGAGCGGGCCUACCGCCAACCCCUACGACUACCGGCGGCUGCUACGCAAAACCUCCCAGCGCCGGCGCCUGGUGGAGCUGAUGUAGUCUUCCUCCUCUGAACCGCCGCUGCCAGCCAGUGUGCCAGAAAACCCGGCUGCAUGGGGCCAAAGUGUGUGUGUGUGUGUGUGUGUGUGUGUGUGUGUGU